AGCUUCCAACGGCAACUUGGAGUUCCGUUUCUUGGCGAGCGGAUUGAACUCGAUGACGGGCUCGUUUGGAGGCGGCGGGAGGGGCCGCGGCACGUGCGGAUGGAGCGUGUUCGACGGCGUGCGAGCCUUCCCUCCCACCCCGGAAGCCCUCAUGGCCGAGAUCGACGCCGCGAUCGCUGCCUCCGAGUACGUCCACGCCACUGCCCUCCUCUCCUCCUCCUCGGAGGAGGAGCCGGAGAAGGAGAAGGGGCUGGACACCGCCGCCCCCGUCCAUGACGCGCGUCUGGCCGACGAGGCUUACAAGGCGGCGUGCGCCGCCCUGGCCGCCGGGAGGCCGGACGCCGCCAUCCAGUCGCUCCGGCUAGCCCUAGCCAGAUGCCCGCCGGACAAGUCCUCCGCCCUCGACAAACUCCGGUCUCUCCUCUCUAUCGCCUCCUCUCAACUCCAGAAGCAGCAGCAGCAUCUCCAGAGGAAAGAAUUACAAGACGAAUAGAGGAACUGUUUAUCCUGUCUAAAUGGUUUAUUUUGGAGUAUACUAGUUCAUUAUGCCCAUGUUUGUAAAUGAAUGAACAUGUUGAGCUCAUAGAUAGAGACAUAUUUGAAGCUGAUACACAUAAUACAGAUGAUGCACAUUUUGGCAAUGAGGUCAGGGCACAAUGGUCGUAUAAGUCACAAAUGGACUUUAUAUGAAAAAUGUAAUAGUGACUCACUGUUGCAAAGAUGAAAAAAGGGAAAUUUCUUGCAAAAUUUCCUUCUAUAAAUUAUUUUCUAAAUGCUGGCAGGCGAUGAUGGCUCGAUGCCUCAUCUCUCCUUUA